AUGGAAGACAAAACCUACGAUGAGGAAAAAGCCGAAGAGAAGCUUGAGGAGGAAGAUCUUGCUGAAGAGGAAGAUCUUGCUGAAGAGGAAGAUCUUGCUGAAGAGAAAGAUUAUGGAGAAGAGGCCCAAUCUGAAUACAAAUCAAUGAUUUCGUUGGACGAGGUCGAGCGUGAUACACGCAUGUUGACACACACUGAGGCCGGUGAGUGCCUUCACAAUUUAGGAAAAUGUAUCACGUUGUACGAGUAUGCCUAUCUCAACCUGGAUGCCUCGGAUAGAGGUCUUACGGAUAUCAGCAUGAUAGCAUCCUUCAAACACGUUCGUUAUGUGAACGUAUCGGGAAACAGAUUGACAUCAGAAGCACUAUGUGCACUCGAGACGAUACCAUAUCUGCAGACACUGCGAGCGGACCGAAAUUGUCUGACCAGUGUGGAGUUAAAGCCAAUGCCCUAUCUACAGGAACUUACUCUAAACUGGAAUAAGAUAACGGAUACAUCUGGCAUCCGUCAUAAAUCGCUCGAGCGCCUGGAGUUGAACCAUAACGAUAUUCAUACAGUGAAUGUGGAUCCUCAAAUCCUCGUAAACUUGAGGAUUUUGGAGCUACGCGGCAAUGCACUCAUCAGUACUGCAGGAAUCUGCUGUCCCAGUCUAACACGACUCUUUCUGGCUGAGAACCAAAUCGAGAAGAUCGAAAACCUCGAAGUCCUUGUGAACCUGACGACGUUACACUUGCGAAGUAACAAACUCGUGAAUCUAGAUGGUUUCACCGAGCAAUGUCGCAGUUUGAACUAUGUGAAUCUGCGUGACAACGAGCUUCCGAGGAUUUCAGAGGUGAAAAAGCUAGAUUGUUUACCAAAUCUAGAAACGCUUAUUGUCCUGGGGAAUCCUUUUUUGAGCGAAGAGGAAGAAGAGAAGGAAUAUAGACGAAUUAUUCUGACAAUGCUUCCAAAAUUGAAGAGGAUCGAUAAAGAUCUUGUGCUAGAUCAAGAAAGGAACGAGGCGAAAGUAUUACUUAAACAAAUACAAAAGAGCAAAUCCAAAUUUGAAGACUCCGAUUUGAGAGAUUAA